AUGUCUCAUUGUGAGACAACAUUGAGGCCUCAGCCCCGAUUGGACAUAAAAUGGCUUAAAACGAAUUUAGAAACCUUAUUUACCUCUCAGGACAACUUGAUAAACUGCUGGAAUGGGUUGAUUACAGACGGAGAGCUAACAGGGGACUUCUCUGUUGGCAGACUGAAUAGUGCUGGGGUGACUGCAAAACAAGGGGAAUUCGGGAAAUAUUACUGCGGGCAAAGGGUAUUAACUUGUACAUGUUGUGAUGGAAUUUGUGGUCCACUUAGUGGUUGCAAUUGUCAACCAUGCCAAAAGCUGGAUGCUGAAGAAUCUACCCAGAAUAAUGUCUCUUAUAAAGAAAAAUUUCCAUCUAUUGAGUCUUUACUAUAUAGGUGGGAUUGGGGACCUCAACCUACUACAGAUCAACUGUCUGAAAGCAUCUGCAGCUUAAACCAACAGCAAGAAUCACUGUGUGCAGAAGCAGCUGACUCUACUUUAUCAUCAAUUAGGCUUCGCUAUCGCUUACUAAUAUUCAAGCGGUAUUUUAUUGCCUUGAAUCGGGCGCCUCAUCCUCUUGAAAUAGAACAUUCAAUAUUUACCAGAAAAGCAAGUAUGGAACCCUCAGAUGCCAAAUUAACAGCCAAAAUUAAGAAGAUGUCCAAUGCAGAUCCUGCCACCAGUUUGGCACAGGUUGGGUCACGAGCAGCACUAAACUUUUCCUUUGCUUUCCUGAAACGAGCAUGGCGAUUGGGUGAGGACAUUGAUCUCUGUAGUGAAUUGUUGAAUGAAUCAUUAGAUGCCCUUAGACUGUUGCCUGUGGCUACUUUGUUUGAGCAGAAUGAUGUAUCGCCAGUGUGGUUGGAAGUAGUAGAAAGAUCAAUCAAGUUUUUGAAGCAAGUGGUCACAGGGGAUCUAUCUAGCGAAAGACAGUAUUGUACAGUUCCAAUAGAAGACCAAAACAUUUCCUUAAACCUACUAUUAGAAUUCGCUUUGCAGAAAGCGACAUUGAGCAGUGUCCUCGACAUAGUUUUAUUGUUACUAACCCUAUGGAAUAAGAAAACCCACAUAACUGAUAACAGAUCGACUGAAGAUGGGGCUAGUGCCCCUCUCUUGCCAUUCAUCAGGAGGCUCUCUGAAAUCAAACCGUCUCAGACUAUUUUCGGUAACAAAGACGAGAGUGAUCAGUUGGAAAGUAGUUCAAAGAUCUAUUUGGAUUUGCUGGAGUUGCCUGAUGCUGAAGACUGUGAAAUAGACUUAAGACAAGCUGCUGUGUGUGUUAUGGCGCAUUUAGAUAGGUUGGCAAGCUCCCACGUCCCGCCUUUAUCUUUUAAUAAGUCAUCCUAUUAUUUCAACGGCCAAAGAGUGUGGGGAUGGGGUUGGCUUUCUUGGGCGAUCGGAACAGGACCUCAAAGCUGCGAGGCCAUCGCAGAUCUGACAAUCAAACAACUAUGUUGUUCCGACAGAGGUAUUUUGAUACUCAGUUGUUCCGGCAAAGUGUAUUUUAUGUAUUUCACCUCCGAGACCCAAUGUCCUCAAGUCAUAGAAGGUUUAAAAGAUAUAGAAAUUACAAAAAUAGCUUCUCACACGGAAGGCAAGCAUUUUAUGGCGCUGACAAAAAAGUCUGAGGUGUAUUCGUGGGGUAAUGGCGAUGGCGGGCGUUUGGGUCAUGGUGAUACUACUUUUAGAGAAGAACCCACUGUAAUACAAGCUCUGUUGGAGAAAGAUAUAGUUGAGAUUGAAUGUGGCGCCACCUACAGUGCCGCCAUAUCUGCCAACGGUUCCCUGUACACCUGGGGUAAAGGUUAUUAUGGAAGACUUGGUCAUGGCACCUGUGAAGACUGUUUAGUACCGACCCUAGUAGCUGGAUUGUCUGGUCAGCACGUCGCUAAAGUAGCAUGCGGUUCUGGAGAUGCUCAUACGCUCUGUGUAACCAGUCAAGGUAAAGUUUACAGUUGGGGAGAUGGCGACUACGGCAAACUAGGCAGGGGAGGUUCGGAAAGUUCUAAAAUACCUAGGUUGAUAGAAAAAUUGCAAGACGUGGAGAUAACGGACGUUUAUUGUGGAGCGCAUUUCAGCGUAGCGUUGUCCAGCGAAGGAAAACUUUAUACUUGGGGAAAGGGAGAGGGUUGGCGGUUAGGCCAACCCAACGAAGAUCACAUACGCAUCCCGGAACCAGUUGAAAUCCUGCAAGACAAACGCGUCGUUUCUAUUAGUUUGGGCACUGCUCACAUUCUAGCUUUAACAGACACGGGAGAAAUAUACGGUUGGGGCAAAAACGAAAACAAGCAACUAUUCGAAACGCCCGACAUUUACAUCCAACAACCGAAGAUGAUCGAGUCUCUGAAAGGACAAAGAAUCGUGGGAAUAUCUUGCGGACCUUCUCAGAGUUUCUGUUGGACCGACGUCAACUCAUUUGUGCCUAAAACUUCGCUUCCGUUUGUUAUAGAUCUCUCAGAACAGACUUUCAAAUUGCUUGAUCAAAUUCUGGAACUGGUAGUAGUCCAUAAUCCGUCUACACAAGAUAAGGAAUGCCUCGCGAUUUCAACUUUAAAGUUAUUACAACUUCAACUACACAGUAUUAUUACUAAUAAUCUCGACGCCAAAUCAGUCGGUUUGGGCCCCAACAGCAAACUGUUGGCAAAUUUGAAAUCUCAAGUUGUCUACUUGGCAAGUGCUAUCAAAAUUUUGCCUACAGUGCAAGCCGCGGCCCAAGCAGCUUUGCAAACCGGAUGGUCCGUGCUCUUGCCCACAGCUAAUGGUAGAGCGAGGACAUUAUCAUCUUUGCUACUUAAUACAGAUAUGGAACCGAAAAUGUGUAAAUCCGGUCAUAGGUUCAUGACUGACCUUCUAGUGUGGAGUCUGAUGGCAGAUGGAGGUUUAGAAACAGCUCUGAACGAAGCUUUGAACUCAGAAGCUUCCGAGCUUGCAAACGCCGAUGAAAAUUUCGAACAGUCCUCCUCACACAUAACGAUACCUCUGCUAUAUCUCGUACGACAAUUGGUUAGGAACAUAAGUGUCGUUACUCAAUCGACCGUGAAGGAAAUCGGAAUGACCGGCAAGCUGCCUUCCCAAAAGUUCCUUCCGUCGCCGAGUUUAAAGUUGCUUCAAAGGUUUCAACGAUUAUUGAUAGGAAAAAUAUAUUCCAAGUCGAUGGACUGUCAGGAUUCCGCAGAAACGCUGCUGAUGAAGUAUUUGGACUGCUUUAGCUGUUUCGUGACCAUGACGCUCAACACUGCGUACGAUACUUGCGUAGGAAACCCCAAGAAUUUUCUAAUAGUGAUGCAGAUCUUGAAGAGUGAUCUAAUAGGAGUGUUGCUGCCUGAAUUGAUCGUAAGCCUAAUCCUGUUGGAACAAGAGACCGAGUUGUUUCUGAUCAAUAUGAACUGGCUGAACACCUUCAGCGACGUCCUUAAAUCCAUCGACAGACUUUGUAGACUGAUGCCCGACAUAGAACUGCACGACGCCGAUGAUAUCGCCUGGCCUGGCAUUACGCAAACUAAACCCAACAGUAUUACUCACAAAUUAUACGAAGAUUUGCCUUUGAUACGACAAGCCGACUUGGAGAAUCACAACCUGGACGGUGGACGGUGGGUCGUCAUCAAUAAUAAAGUGUAUGAUGUUCAAGAUUUUAGAUGUGAUAAUUCGUCCGUUAAUGAGAUUCUACAGAAAUACGCCGGCAAAGAAGUGGGCCAUAUAAUCAACAAUUGUCCGCAAAGCAGCCAGCUCAUGGCCUUAAUGGAGAACUACGUGAUCGGCAACUUUUGCCAGCCGGAAACGGAAGUAGGCCGAACAAUCUCAGCCAUUUGUACGUGUGCCUGA